GACGGUGUGGCACGGUGUGACGCUUUUCCACGUCGCAGUUCUGUCUCACAGGCGAACUCGCUGCGUAUGUAUGCGUGUCUCCAGCUAGGCCAGAGAGUGAUGGCGGCGCCCGUCCUGAGAGUGUCCACCCCUCGGUGGGAAAGAAUAGCUAGGCUUCUUGUUUGCCUGUUGGGCAUAUUGUUGUCUCUAUAUGCCUUUCACGUCGAGAGGGAAAAGGCUCGGGAUCCGAGUUAUAAGGCUAUGUGCGACGUCAGCAGCUCCAUCACCUGUUCAAAAGUGUUCAGCUCAAGGUGGGGUCGAGGAUUUGGACUCUUGGGCUCAAUUUUUGGAAAUGACAGUGCACUGAACCAACCCAACAGUGUCUACGGGAUUGUCUUUUAUGCCUUUCAGCUUUUACUAGGAAUGACUGUCAGUGCAAUGGCCGCCCUUAUUCUCAUGACGACAUCCAUCUUGUCGGUGGUGGGCUCGCUCUACCUGGGCUACAUCCUCUACUUUGUCCUAAAGGACUUCUGCAUCAUCUGCAUCACCACAUAUGCUCUGAACUUCAUUCUCUUUAUUCUCAACUACAAGCGACUAGUUUACUUGAAUGAGGCCUGGAAGCAGCAGCUUCAGGCCAAGCAGGACUAAGCUGUCGAAAGCGGCAAGAAUAAUAAGAUACACAAACAACAACAAAAGAAAGAAGUGUGACCUCUGAACAUUUGACUUGCCACCAGGAGACCUUGCUUCCAAACAAUGUUUAUUCUGCUGUGUGUUCAAAAAAAUGAAGAAAUUUAACUUAAAUGUUGGGCCUGACAUCUCAAUGUUGCAAACAUGGAAGGAUUUGUAAGUGACAGAUGAUUUUCUUUUAAUUACUUUCUCCUGGUUUAACAUUGUACUCACUUAAGGAAGGGGCUGGCUGUGGGGAAACACAUCAACCCGAGCAAGCAGAGGCAGAACGCCACAGUACAGAAGGAUGGAGGACAGCUCUCUUUUGAACAAAAAAGGAUCGCAGAAUGGAAGAAAAACAGGACAAUAAAGGCGUUUACUUGAAAUCAUUAGAACGGUCCUAUUACUGCACAGCGGAUCUGCACUAAAACUCAGAACUGAAUAAUGGGUCCCAAAAUUAAAAAAAAAAUAAAUAUAUAUAUAAAAACACUCAUUAGGUCAUCGUACACUUUGAAUAUAAGGUUCUAUGGCAGGGUGGGGAGGGGGGGGGGGUAGAACGAUUAACAUUUAUACAGAAUAGUUUUUUUUUCCAUGUUUACACUUUGUAGUAUGUUUCUUUUUGAAGAGGACCACUAAAAAAAAUAAACACAGAGCAAUGUGAGAUAUUGUGUGUAGAUCAGUCAGAUUGUUUGUUUUGCAAUUCUGUAAAUAGCUGCUGAGCAAUAUUCCAGGCUAGAUUGUGAUUUUAGUGUUAACACAAACCCUUAAGGAAAAGGAGAAAACAUCAGUGAAUCUGGAACAAAUGAAGUGAUCAAUGUCACGGUUGUUGGAAGAGUCCAAAGGUGUGCUUGGGACAUCUUCCGUCCUGUAAUCCUGGUCAGGCAUGCAGUUCAGAGUUGUGGGGAUUUCUCUGUUGUUAGUGGUUAUUGCUUCAUCUGAAGCCACCAACACAGAGUCAGAAUAGAACAGUUCACCAAGUUUGCAUAAAGGCACCCUCACUUGGUUCUUUUUGGGUUUUUUUUUUGUUUGUUUUUUUUGUGAAAAGCAUUCCUGACCACCACUCAAGUGGGUUCCAUAAAGACUUAUGUGCCUAAAGGAGUGUUAAGGUGAAGUACCUUUCUUUUUUUAUGUUUUGGGUGUGGGUGGGGACUGGGGAAACGUCAUGUUAGCACCAGUUUUACUCAUUUUAGGUUCACAGGUCCAAGGCUUUAUUUUUAUGAUCCCAGUUUUGUAAAUUAAGAUACGAGUGAAGUGUUUCUCCCUCCGUAAUCGAAUCCAGAGGUAGCAAAGACUGCUACACUGUGAUUGUGUGUUGAGGGUUAGAGUGGCCUGGUGGCAGAAGCAUCUCUUCUCUUGCUGCUUCACUUGCAUUAAUGCUCACCUGGCUUUUGUUCACUGUCCAGUCUGUAUCUCUUUGAUGUCGAACAGUAACUGUGAUCUUGCCAAGCUGAGUUACCGGUACAGUUCAUUUGCAGGAUGUGAACAAAACUUGGAGAAGGUCAUGCUUUGGUGACAUAUAAGGCAGAAACCUAACAUCAUAAGUGGAGCUUGUGGGAUGUUUGCACCUGCAGUAAAGAUAUCGAGGUUGCUGGUGGUUUUCUAGCUGCAGACACUGAAGCUUCAAGUGGUUUAUCUAACACAGCAAGGUUUGUGGAUAAAAGGAUCACAAUAAGGGGACAGCAGCCAUAGCUUGUAGUUGCUUUGCUUGAAAUCCACAGUGUUGUCAGUUCAGUACCAGAGUGACAGAGUUGGACCGUUGUCUCUUCUCCAUCCAGAAGCCACUGAUACUUGUCAGAUGCAUGGUACACUGUCUCCUGGCUUCAAGCAUAUGUUGGCCAUAGGACAAUCUCACACACACUGUCCAAGAUGUAGAACAGUCGUAGUAAUAUCUAUAAUAAUGUGAUUCAUCUGUGGUGUUAAACCAGCUUGUUGAUAGUUUUCCAUCACUGCUUGUCUCCAUGCUCCUUCACAUUUAUUAGAAAGUUCUCCUGAACAGUUUUUUUUUCCUUUUUUUGUGGGGAGUGGGGAGUUUUUUUGAGGUAUGUUGAAGUAUUGAUGAUGCCUGCUGCCAGGAAAGCCAUCUGAGUGACAUGCUUCCUGUGGCAUCAUAUGAAAUGAUCGGUUGUGUAUGAAAAUGGAAACUGAGGUGAUACUUUUUAUUUUUUUUCCAGGAUGUUGUCCAAGUGAAAUUGUUGUCUGCUCAUGCAUAUUUUAACCCAUUUACUACUUAUCAUAUGUAGGCUGCGUUAUGUCACUGUUGGCCAUUUCCCAAAGCACAGUUUGUGUUUUAUAUUUGAAAUUGUUCUUCCAGGCCACCAUCCACCUCACUGUGGGAUGAAUAAACUUUGAGAAACACUUCAAUCACUUAAUUCAUCACUGUGAAGAUUACGCUUUGAGUUACAGUUAUAACUAGAACUGAUACAUAUGAUGCAGUUUGGCAGCCUAGGUUUCUGUUGAUGGAUAAGCUAACUUAAAGUAGUACUUCACAAAUGUAUCCUUGCAUGACUACAACAUCUCUUAAAAACUGAUGCAGCAGAAGCAGAGAUGUGAUCUUGUUAAUUCCAUUAGUUUUUCUUCCUCGUUCAAACCAAGACCCUACUUUACCCACAAUGCAACUCAGCCAUCAACAGUUUAAUCUGUAAACUAUGCUAGUAGUGCCUAAUGUGCCAAGCCUGCCCACCCUCAAGCAGAGAUGAGCAGCAGGCUGCAGAGGUCUAGUGAGCACACUUCUUUCUAACUCCACACCAAUAGGUUUUUUUCAUUUUCAGAUUUUCCUUUCAAGCAAAUUUCAAAUAUUUGCAAGCUGAUGUUCAUAGAACACCAAUAACAAUAGGAACCAGUGGCUACCUGGAAGAGAAAUUCGUUUAAACACAGUGAUUUGCUUUGGAAGAUGGUAUGUUGCGUUGACAUGAUUUGUAGUAAAGUGGUAAAAACAUGCAACCACCAAUCCAGUCCUUUGAAUGAACUAUAUAGUCCUCCAUGGAGUGAUUUAAAUGUUUGCAUCAUUUCCUAGCAAGUCAUCUUUAAGAUCUUCCUUAAAUAGUAUUGCCUUGUCGGGUUUGCAUCAGGUUCUUAUUCAUCUCAACUCAGAAUUAUUAAGAUUAACAACCACAUUGUUUUGUCUUUGUCAUCUUUUGGGAAAGCCUGUGCACUCACAUAUAAGAUUAGUCUCAUAUGGGUUCACUUGCACGUUUUUUUUAUUUUAUUAUUAUUUGGAGAAGUCAAACUGACAUAGCUGCCUAGUUUUUGUGACAACGACUAAGGGUCCUGUGAGUAUCGACCAUAUAACUGACCAGUGUACAAUAGGUAGCCUAUUAUGAUGUUCAUGAUUCCAGCCAUAUGCAAGCCUGUUACACUAGCUGUGCACAGUUACUUUAAAGAGAGAGGUAAGGAAUUCAGAUGCUUUGGCCUUUAAAAGGAUCAUGCUGUGUGGUGAUUUAAUGUCAAAAAGAACGUCAAACUGAUUGAUGAUACAUUCUCAUUAAUAUUCAUUUAGGCCCUGAGGUAUAACUGCCAUGUUAGUUGCAUCACCAAUGCCAACAAAAGUGCCUUCUGUUUGAUCACUAGGCCUUGAGCCAAAGACGAGCAACGGUAAAAGCCUUGUAAAAUGAAGAAUAGUAACUGUAACAGGCACUUCUGCUUGCCUUCCUUAAGAUGUAAUCUGAUAAAAUUGGUCAUUCCCAAAGAUGUGAUAUCCAGUAUCUGUGCAAAAAUCCAUUCAGCAAUUGCCAGACAAAAUUCUCUGUCAAAUCAAUGGCUGUUCCUUUUUUCCUUCCUGAUCUCCAGUAUAUAAUUAUCAUCUUUAUUCUGUCUAGCUAGGACAUGUUUGUUAGCUAAGAAUACACCCUGUUUAAAAUACAUGAUUGUAAUGUUCUUUUUCAUUGUUAAUUAUGCCCUUUAGCGUUAUAGACUGUUAACAUUCUGGGUUAUUUUAGUUAAAAAAAGGUUGAGGGGUUGGAGGGCUAGGAAACCAUGUGUCAGCAUAAAAUGUUUAUUACAUUUCUUUGUGGAGGAAAACUUUCUGGGUUUGCUUCUGUAUUGCCAAAUAUGUUUUAAAAUGCUGUAUUUUCUUACAUGGAAAAGUGUUACAUGAAUGGCAGGAGGAUGCACAAAACUAAUCGGUUUAAAUCCAGAUUACGUUAAGGGAAAACUGUGGAAAAAGAUUGACAUGAGAACAUUUUUAAUUGUGUCAUUGUCAUGUGGAAAUGAUCUACCAUUAAAACAUUCCCUCUGAA